AUGAUUGUGCGCAGCUGCGCCCGGUGCGCCUCCAGAGCCCGAGUUCUGCGGACGAAGCCCAGCAUCUCCCCCCCGCGAUAUCAAUACCGAAGCUAUGCGACACCUCACGGAGCUCCAGCGCCGGCGCAUGCAACGGGAGCGGGAUUGCUGGCGCCGCUUGUGGGCGAGCUGGAUCGCAUGGCGCCGAGCUUCGACGUUCGAGGAGAGCAGAUCCGCAUCUUGAAGACGCCGGCCGAGUUCUACGAGACGCUCAAGGACCGAAUACGGAAUGCCAAGAAGAGGAUAUUCCUGUCGACGCUGUACAUUGGAAAGUCGGAAAAGGAGCUCAUCGAGGCGCUGCGGGAGGCGAUGAGGCUGAACCCGGACCUGAAGCUGAGCAUCUUGACGGAUGCGCUGCGGGGGACGCGCGAGUCGCCGGCGGCUUCGUGCGCUUCGUUGCUGGCGCCGCUGGUGGAUGAGUUUGGGGCUGAUCGUGUUGAGAUUCGGAUGUAUCAUACGCCGAAUUUGACGGGGUUAAGGAAGCAGUAUGUGCCGAAGAGGAUUAAUGAGGGCUGGGGGCUGCAGCACAUGAAGCUUUACGGGGUGGAUGAUGAGAUUAUCAUGUCUGGGGCAAACCUGUCAAUGGACUAUUUUACGAAUCGACAAGAUCGCUAUCACCUCUUUUCGUCCAAGGAGGUGACUGACUAUUUCUGGGGCAUCUAUAAUGGCGUUGCAUCGUUUAGUUUUCUCGUUCAGCCGUCAAAGGAGGAAGCGGCUGGAUAUACACUCUCAUGGCCAACAACAAACUCUGCUCCAUCGCCUUUGGAGAAGCCGCAGUCUUUUGUCAAGAAGACCACAUCUACGCUGCAAGCGCUUAUAGCCGCUCCGGAAAAGCAGCCGGACAGUGAAUUAAAGGACACCCGAGUAUACAUGCUCGGUCAGAUGUCUCAGGUCAUGAAGCCGGAUACUUCAACAGAGCUUCCGGUGUUGACGCGGAUUCUCGAAAGGCUGUCGCAGCCGGCAUAUGCUGGAUCAUCGUGGACGUUUACCGCUGGAUAUUUUAACCCUGCACCGUCAUUAACCAAAUUACUUCUCAACACAACUUCCAACAAGAAUGUUGUUAUUACGGCGGCGCCCGAAGCUAAUGGUUUCUACAAGUCAAAGGGCGUUUCUGGACUUUUGCCAGAUGCCUAUGUGCUUCUCGCUCGUCGUUUCUUGUAUGCCGUCCAGCAGUGUGGCCGUGAGGGCGACAUUACAUUGAAGGAGUGGCGUUUUGGUACAACUGGUCAGCCUGGGGGUUGGACGUACCACGCAAAGGGCCUUUGGAUAACAAUGCCCGGCGAUGUGAAUCCCAGCAUGAGCAUCAUUGGCAGCUCCAACUAUACGAAGCGGAGCUACUCGCUUGAUCUUGAGGCAGGAGCUCUGAUUGUGACUCGGAACGAAACACUAAAGGCUCGGCUCGGAGAAGAACAGGGCUGGCUGCAGGAUCACGCAGCGGGAGUCACGAUGGAAGAUUUUACGAGGAAUGAGAGGAGGGUUAGCCUCAAGGUGCGGAUCGCCAUGUGGAUUGUAAAGGUUGUGGGAGGCGCCCUGUGA